AUGGUUUCCUCUGUUCAAGACGAGAAGCAGAGCCAGGCGUUCCCCACAAUAUACCCAUCAUGCUCAGAACAGGCACACACACUCACACACACCUGUCAGUGGACACACCUGCUCUGCACUCCAGAAGCUGCACUCUCUGCCCUGCGUCUUCAGAACCUCCAGGCUGCCAUCCAGAUGUCGCUGUGCAUGGCCUCACAUUUCUGCCUGCUGGUCCUACCAGUGAUGUCACUGCUGCUGCUCUUCUCUCCUAUUGGAUGGAGCUAUGAUGGCCUCACCCCAGGGUGUCACCUACACCCCUUCAAUGUUACCAUCCGCAGUGACCGUCGCGGCACAUGUAAAGGCACCCACCUGGUCUACGCCUGCGUGGGCUACUGCGAGUCCAGCGCCUUCCCAUCCAGAUACUCUGUGUUGGUGGCCUCCAACUUCACCCACAACAUCACCUCCGCUUCACGAUGCUGCACCAUCAGCAAGGACGCUAAGGUCAAAGUUCGCCUGGACUGCCCUCGAGGUCGUCACCAUGACGAAAUAGAGAUCCUGACGGCGAAGGUGUGCCGCUGCGACAUGUGCCGCAAGUCCCGCUACUGACACACCAGGACAGUAUGCUGCAUACCAAAUGUACACCAGGAUAAAUACCCAAGUUAGUCAGUUAAGCAGUGUAAACUCUGGUAAAUGAUUGAAAUACAAGCGUUUCAGUAAUGCACCAGUAACUAUACUUUUUCUAUCUACGGCCACUUGUUUUGAAUGUUGAAGAAAAUCCACUUGAACUUAUUUAGCUGAAAAAGAAUCAACCAAGUUACUGCCAAGAUUAAAAUGGGAAAUUCACACUUUUUAAUGUCUUUAAAGAUAUGUGUGAGUGUCUGUGUCUGCGUGUUUUUUGUGUGUGCUUGUGUAAUGUGUGAUGUAAGGGAGGAUUUUCUUGAAAACUUGACUGAUGCACAUUUGUGUUUAAAGGCUAUAUAAACCAUUCUGUCACUCACGCUUCAAACCUUGACUGGCACUUGACUUUGGAAGCAGCUGAAAUAAAAAAGAAUCAACCCACCGUUCAUACUUAGUGACUCAGUAGCAAGUGUAAGUACACAGAGACAGUCAAGUCAACAUAAAGGUCACACAUACACGUAGUUUCAUUCUUUGCAAUAACCACUAAACACAGACAAGAGACCAAAGAAUGUACAAAUUUAUUUAUAUUUAUGAAUUUGAAUUAAAAGACAUUUUGUAAAUAAUAUCUAUUGAUGAAACCAAAGCGUGUUGGAAAUGUCAAUGAAAUAAAAAGAGAAAGUAAGAGAAAUGCACUGUAUAGUUUUUGAUGAAAUUGUAUUCCAAUAAAUUUCUAUUCUGCAACUGUUAAGUAA